AUGCAAUGGAUCCAGAAAACCAAGAAUGAUCUGGGUAGUACCAGUUCGCUUCAUCUCGAUAAAACCAUGCUACGCGACGCCUUGGAAACACACACGCGAAAGCUUUUGCGUAAGCUGAGCAAGACUGGGCAUAACAUGGGUGAGCCAGGUAUCAGUGAUGCUCAAUUUUUGCUGGCAUCCUGCCAUGGAUCUGGCGCACUUGGGCUUGUAUACGACCCAGCCAAGGCAUGUGCAUGGUAUAUUCAAGCGUCCAAACAGAAUCAUCGAGAAGCGAUAUACCGAGCGGGAGUGUGCCAUGAGUUGGGCCUUGGUACUCGCCAAGAUUUCGGACGCGCGAUAGCAUACUAUCAAAGGGGUGCUAGAUUAUCGCAUUCAACAUGCAUGUAUAAGCUUGGAGUGAUUCUACUUCAUGGUUAUUACAAGCAUGCGCCACAGGCAAGACUCGGUGUGUCUUGGAUCCAGCGUGCAGCCGACAGUAUAGCUCAAGCUCUUCCUUAUGCCAUGCACGCGCUCGCCAUGGUCCAACUGACUGGAGAAUGUGACAAAACAAGCUUGAUCCCAGACACAACUUAUGCUCUUCAGCUCCUGCAUCGUGCUGCCAAGAUGGGUUAUGAAGCCAGUCAGUGUAAAUUGGCCGAGUUCUACGAGACGGGUACGUGGGUCGAGGUUGACGAUGUUAAAUCGAUAUCCUGGUACACGAAUGCAGCAAAGCAAGGAAAUCCACAGGCAGCGCUGGGGUUAUCCGGAUGGUAUUUGACGGGAUCCAACACGCCUGGUGUUUUACCACAGUCUGAUCGAGAAUCGUACUUGUGGGCAAAGCGAGCGGCCAAUGCUCCCAUAGAAGCCAGAGACUAUUAUGCUGGCGAGAAACCGAUAGAACUUGCCGUUGCCAAUGGCUGUUAUCUUGUUGGGUAUUAUUCAGAGAACGGAAUUGGUGUUGCUCGAGAUACUUCCACGGAAGAGGCCGUUCUAUGGUACCGCAAAGCAGCUUGUUUGGGCCAUCGGCUUGCUAUGAGACGACUGAAAGCCCUGGCACCUACACAGGAAGACACGGAGAGCAGCCAUACCAGUAGAAGAAGGAGACGUAAAACAGAAUGUCUUAUUAUGUGA